AAGCCACAAACCAUCUAAGCCAUUUCCCACGUGACCCCGUCUCAAUUCCUCCACCCGAUGGAGGGUAGAAUCGUCAUUCAUCACAUCAAUCGUCAAAUUCUCACACGACCCCAGAAGAAGACACAUCGCCUCUUCACCGGAGCCGAACCUGACACUUCCCUCCGCGUUCUUCCCUUUCGCCUUUUUUCCCCCAAAAUUAACCAGAUCUAACACAAAAAAAAAUUCUUAAAGAACCCUAAUUCCACCCCUCCCAUUUCGAAUCAUUUCAUCGAAUUCGCGGGUUCCUCUGUCGCAAUCUCUUGAUCGGUCGCGGUGCCAUUUGAGAAUACGGAGAGAGCUGAUUUAGGCAAGGAUGGGCGAUUUCAAUCUCGCCCUGAUAAUCGUCGCUAUAGUGGUGUGCGUCAUCGUCUUCAUCUUCAAUGUCUACCUUCUGGUCAAUUACCAGCACCCGGAUGACAAGAACCAAGCUUACUUCCCCAAAUUCGUGGUCGUUCUCGGCCUCUCCGUUGCCGUCAUCUCUAUACUGAUGCUGCCGGCCGACGUCGCCAACCGGCAGGCUUGUCGCCACGCGAUAUACAAUGGCGCCUGUAAUCUCACUUUGCCAAUGAAGGAUCUCUGGAUCGCUGUCUAUAUUAUCGACGCUUUGCUAGUCUUCUUCAUCAUCCCUUUCGCUAUGUUCUACUACGAAGGGGACCAGGACAAGACUGUGGGCAAGCGGAUUAAGAGCGCACUGAUGUGGGUGGUAACGACAGCUAUUGUGUGCGCGCUUCUGCUCGGCAUCUUAUAUGGGCUAGUUGGAAAGGUGGAUUUCACUGUUAGGCAUCUUUCCUCAACCACAACGAACUUUCCUACGUCUUGGAGUUUCUCAACGAGUCAACCAUGUAUCGGAAAUAAUGCUCGCCAGUGCUCUGCGUACCUUGCCAAUGCCGCUUCAGAGAAGACAUGGACUAUGCAAACUACAUUUCCGGAAUAUGUUGUUGCACUUGCUACAAUAGCUGGAUCUGUGCUUUUUUCGAUAUUUGGUGGAGUUGGCAUUGCGUGUUUGCCUCUGGGACUCAUUUUUUCAUUCAUCCGGCGACCAAAGGCUGUUAUCACUCGUUCACAGUAUAUUAAGGAAGCAACAGAGCUUGGUAAAAAAGCAAGAGAACUUAAGAAGGCAGCUGAUUCACUUCAUCAGGAAGAGAGAGGUGGUGCUAAGGGGAGAAAAUGGCGUAAAAAUGUUAAAGCAGUUGAAAAGGAGUUGCAUCAGUUGGAAGAAGAUGUAAACUUGCUUGAAGAGAUGUACCCUCAAGGAGAAAAGGCCGAGACUACUUGGGCUCUGACUAUACUUGGUUAUUUGGCAAAACUUGUAUUGGGAGUCUUGGGGUUGAUUGUCUCAGUGGCUUGGAUUGUGCAUAUUAUUAUAUAUCUACUGAUUGACCCUCCUCUUUCUCCUUUCCUCAACGAGGUUUUCAUUAAGCUGGACGAUGUGUGGGGUCUUCUUGGCACUGCAGCAUUUGCUUUCUUUUGCUUUUAUCUUCUUCUUGCUGUGGUGGCUGGUGCAAUGAUGCUGGGCCUCAGAUUGGUUUUCAUCACAAUCCAUCCCAUGAAGUGGGGUGGAACUCUCAUGAACUCAUUCCUUUUCAACGUGGGACUCAUUCUCCUGUGCUCGAUUAGGUUGGUGUCUUUAUCUACUAGAUUUGUCAUCCAGUUUUGUGCCACAGCUUUUGGGUAUUAUGCGCAAGCAACUGCGGCUCAAGAAAUUUUUGGCCACACUUUGCAAUCUCUGCGUGGCAUAAAAUAUCUAUACAAGUACAAUGUGUUCCAAAUCGCAUUCAUUGUUCUUGCGGGCUUGACUUUCGUAUAUUACACUGCCUUUGGAUGGAAAAGGAGAAAACCUAGUGGCAGGUUCCAGCUCUCGAGCUGAAGCAUGUUCUGAUAAUCAAUGCUGAGUGCUACGUUCGACUGGUCAGUGGAAUCUGUCCCUUUGUUUUCCGGCUUGGCGUUUUCCAUAUUCAUAUUCUGGUCUGCCUACUAGAGAAUCUGAGUGCUGAAGAGAGAUAUGCAGAAAUGGUCGGAAUUAGGUUGCGGGGGGUAGCUGUAGUAGAGGAUAUGAUGCCGGUAUCCAUGUUUAUCUGUUUUUCCCCCCGUCAUUUUGCUGCUGCCUUUUUGUUCAUGUUCUGCUGAUUUUGUAUGUAUUAUCAUUCUUUUGUAACGGAUAAUAUACAUGUUAUAUACGCUUGGUUUGGGGUAAUCACAUCUGGUAGGAACUUUAACUUAUCUUCUUUUGUAAUGUAACCCUGUCAAAACGGACAAAAAACGAGACUUGGAGACAGUUUGAGCUGAUUCACUUUUUUCCACUCCGAAUUGUCAUGAUUCUGCAAUC